CUUGCUACGAACACAGGUCAAACCGGCUCGAUCUCUCGACGCGAGCGCUACCAUAGGUUCCAGCUUUGUGAGCUGCUAAGUUGAUCCGUUCCAAACUCCCCGGUAGUGAACGGCUGGUGAUCUUGAUUCGCGUUAAUGUUUGAAACCAGACAGAGCAAGUGGUGGUCUACUUUAAAUAGCUAGGCACGUAUAAAAAACUGAAAUAAAAGUGAAGUGCAUAAACAUGAUGCUGUAUUUAAAAUCGAUCGUUUUGUCGUGCCUGCAAAUUUUGAUCUUGGUGGUCCUCACGGUCAAUGCGGUAAAGUUGCAACAAAAGUUCAAAUGGCGCGAAGUGGAAUUUGAUUGGCCAUCACUGGAUGUCAAACAACAGGCAAUUGAGUCAGGAAAAUAUGUGUCGUCCAAUAAUUUGCCGCUCGGACUGGACAGAUGGAAAGACAAACUAUUCAUAACAGUUCCAAGAUGGAAAUCCGGUGUGGCGGCUUCGUUAAAUUUCGUGAACAUUUCGGAUGGUGAAUCACCAGUUUUGCAGCCAUACCCUAGCUGGGAAGCCAAUCAAUUGCCAACAGAAAUUGAUGCUGAAACAGCAACAAAAUCGGAUGGUCCAAAAGUUCUAAAGGAUAACACAACAAUCAUCUCCACGUUUCGUGUCCGCGCGGAUGAGUGCGACCGACUGUGGGUAAUGGACACCGGUCUGGCUGAUAUUCUAGGGAACCCAGUUCAACACGCAGCACCAUCGUUAGCCUUAUUCGAUCUCUACACAGACAAACUAAUUCGAAGGCAUUACUUUCCUGACUCAUUGUUGAAAGAAGAUUCUUUUUUCGCUAAUGUGAUCGUCGAUGCAGAACGAGGAGAUUGCGAUAACGCUUUCGCUUAUAUGCCAGAUCUCGGAGGAUAUCAAGUGAUCGUUUACUCGUUCAGAGAUGACAAGUCCUGGAGAGUGAAGCAUAACUUCUUCCACUUCGAUCCAUUGGCGGGCGAAUACAAUAUUGGCGGUGUAAACUUUCAAUGGACAGAUGGCGUAUUUGGGAUGGCCGUUGGAAAAAGAACUCGUGACGGUUCUCGACCAGUUUACUUUCAUGCCUUCUCAAGUACUAAGGAAUUCAUGGUUUCUAAUCGCAUUCUUCAAAACGAAACCUACUCACAAAAUCCAGAAUCGUACUACGACUAUAAACUGAUGGGUGACCGUGGUCCCAACUCUCAAUCUUCUGCAGAAUUCUAUGAUCCGGAAACCGGUGUAAUAUUCUACACUCAGGUUAACAAAGAUGGCAUCGGUUGCUGGAAUACCGCCAAACCUUUAAACCCAGAUACACAAGGACUAGUUGAUUCGGAUAGUGACGCGCUAGUAUUUCCAAAUGACUUAAAAGUGGACAAUGAGGGUAAUGUGUGGGUACUCUCCGACAGAUUACCGAUGUUCAUAUUUACUUCGCUGGAUCCCGAACAGUACAAUUACAGAAUUCUGACCGGCAAGAUAAGUGAAAUUAUCAAAGGUACACCUUGUGAUGCCUUCUAAUUGUUUUGCAUUUCAGUACACAUUAUUUAAGACGAAGCAGGAAAUAAAAUAUAAACUAAGUGAAA